AUGAGAGAGACAGAAAGAGAGAGAGAGAGACAGAGAGAGGAACCAGAGAGAGAGGGCGAGAACGAGAGAGAAAAAAAAAAGAAAAAAAAGAGGUGGUGGGUGGACGGCAAGGAAACAAAAGACGGCGACGAGUCGGACAGCGACGAGUGGAAUGGUGGCGGUUAUGCGGACGGCGAGGAGGCCGAAGGGCAGCGAAGAGGCAGAACGGUGGUGGCGAUGCGGAUGGCGAGGAAGCGGAAAGGCGGCGACGGGGCGGCGGCGAGGAGGUGGGAACAGGAGCGAUGAGGCGGAUGGUGAUGAGGCCGGAACGACGGUAGUGAGGCGGAAGGGCAGGACGCAGAUGGCGACGAAUGACAGCAAGGAGGAUGGGAUGAUGGCAGCGAGGCGGAAGACAGCGACUGGGCAGCGGCGAGGAGGCAGAGAAACAGAGGGGAAAGGAAAUAG